GAAUGUGGGCUGGGACCGGCUACGGGUGCUGGGCACUCAAGGCACCGCCACCACUCAGCUGGGAGCCACCACCCAGCAUGGCUGAGAAACCCCAAAUCCAGCUCUUCGUCAAGGCAAGUGAGGAUGGGGAGAGCAUGGGCCACUGCCCCUUCUGCCAGCGGCUCUUCAUGGUGCUGCUGCUCAAAGGGGUGCCCUUCACCCUCACCACCGUGGAUGUGAAGAGGGCACUGGAUGUGCUGAAGGACUUUGCGCCGGGGGCCCAGCUGCCUGUUUUACUCUACAACGGCGAGCCAAAGACCGACACUGUCACCAUCGAGGACUUCCUGGAGGACAAAUUGGGCCCCCCCAUGUUCCCCAGCCUGGUCCCGCAGUACAGGGAGUCCAGCUUGGCCGGGAAUGACAUCUUCCACAAGUUCUCCACCUACAUCAAGAACCCAGUGCCUGCCCAGGACGAGGUGCUGCAGCGGAACCUGCUGCGGGCCCUGCUGAGCCUGGAUGAGUUCCUGAGUGUCCCCCUGGAGCAUGAACUGGUGAAUGACCCCCACCUCCGGGCCUCUCGACGCCGCUUCCUCGACGGGGACCAGCUCACCUUGGCAGACUGCAACCUGCUGCCCAAGCUCAAUAUCGUGCAGGUCGUGUGCCAGCACUACCGCCGCUUUGGCAUCCCCAAGGACCUGCAGGGCGUGUGGAGGUACCUCAACAGUGCCGGGGAAACCAAGGAGUUCAGAUACACCUGCCCCAGCAGCGAGGAGAUUGUACAAGCCUAUCGCUCUGUGGUGCGGUCGCUGCAGUGAGCACCUGCCUUGGUCCUGCUGUGACCAUCACAGUCCUGCCUGCACGCA